AGGGGGCGUGCACGCAGCCCUGUACCAAGUGUGUGUGUGUGUGUGCGCGCGCUCAUAAAGCUCGAGCCCGGGGGGGGGCGGGGAUGGAUGUGGAGAGAGGUGCCGUGCGUCCUCGUGGAGCCGCGCAGUGAGGCGGCGCAAGUCUGUGCGUCCUCGUGGAGCAGCGGACUCUCCUGUGCGCGUGCGAGCCGCGACGCCGAAGUGCGACAGUCCCGCGCAACAGCGAUGGUAAGUUAGCGCCGAUCUGUCCUGCGGUUCCACUGCGGUGCGUCCGCCUGUCAGCGGCCGUGUCCCGCAGGUCCGUGUGUGCGGGGUUGUUUUGGAGCUGCAGCCCGGAGGACGACGUCUCUCCACACCUCAGCACCUUCACCGGACUCUUCUCCACCUCCUCUUUCCCUCUGCACCUCUGUGUAAGCCCUCCAGCUCUGUACCCACCUCCCAUCCAAAUCCACGCUACGUGUCAAACAUGGACUCCUCCGGGGAGGUGGCCGCCGGGCAGGACGGACACCUCGACCUCAGGAGCAGCCCCGGUCGCUCGGACCUCAGCGGACUGUACCACCUGGGUCGGACGUUGGGCAGAGGCCACUUUGCGGUGGUCAAACUGGCUCGUCACUUCAACACUGGCCAACUGGUGGCCGUCAAGAUGAUCGACAAGACGAAACUCGACGUCAUGGCAACAAGCCACCUCUUACAGGAAGUGAGGUGCAUGAGGCUGGUGCAGCAUCCCAACGUGGUUCGACUCUACGAGGUCAUCGACACGCCCACCACCCUGUACCUGAUCAUGGAGCUGGCUGAGGGCGGCGACCUCUACGACUACAUCCUCCGCCACGAGGCAGGCGUGGCCGAGGGCACCGCCAAGCGCCACUUCGCCCAGAUAGUGCGCGCCGUGGCCUACUGCCACCAGCUCCACGUGGUGCACCGGGACUUGAAGCCCGAGAACGUGGUGUUCUUUCCGCAGCAGGGCGCCGUGAAGCUGACAGACUUUGGAUUCAGCAACUUGUUCCAACCAGGGACGAUGCUGGCGACGAGCUGUGGGUCGCUGGCGUACUCCGCUCCGGAGAUUCUGCUGGGAGAAGAGUACGAUGCUCCGGCUGUAGAUAUCUGGUCUCUGGGGGUGAUCCUGUACAUGUUGGUGUGUGGAGUUCCUCCCUUUCAGGAAACCAACGACAGCGAGACUCUGGUCAUGAUCCUGGACUGUCGCUACUCCAUCCCCGAGCGAGUUUCAGGCGACUGCAGAGAUCUGAUCUCCAGGAUGCUCCAGAAGGAUCCGUGUCGUCGAGCCUCGCUUGAGGAGAUCCAGGCUCACGACUGGCUGCAGGGUCUGGACAACGUGCUGCUCAGCCCCGAGGCCCCGCCACACUGGCUCUCAGGGGCCCUGUCCCUCAGCUCUCCCCGCUCAGGAGUCCCCGAGUGCGGGGACCUGCUGGCUGCGAGGCCCCCACCUCAGCAGGCUUUCCCCGGGCCCUGGCAGCCGAGCCUCACCCUCACCCUCCGUCCACCUCCCGCCGAGGAGCCUCCGGUUACCAAGAACCUGCCUGCACUGCAGCAGAUCUGUGAGGAAGAGGAGGAGGAAGAGGAGGAGGAGGAGGAGGAGGAGGAGGAGGGAGAACGUUUGGCGUCUCUGUUAAUGACAGAACCAGUGACAGAAGCUGAGCAGAUGCUUGAUGACGCAGAUCACGUCAUGGGAGAGGAAGAGUCAGGAAGCUCAGCAGAGACAAUAGAGGAGGAAGAGGAGGAGAAAGCAGACGUGAAGAUGGAAAUAGAGAGAAAAGACAGUGGUUGUGUUAUUUCAGACCAACCCGUCAGUCAUGGAGACAAGUCGGUCAGUGAAACUCCUGAAGGCCCAUCGUGGUCUCUGCCUGGGUUGGUGGUCCCGUGUUGUCAGGGGCAACCAGACUCCACUGCAGAGGAUGGCGAGGAGGAGGCGGAGCCUAACAACAACACCAACAAACCGCCUCCCUCCGUCCCUGCAUCCUCCGCCAGCCUCGACUGCAAAGAGGCGUCAAAGGCAGCGAGAGAGGGAGAGGAAAAAACCGAGGACGGGGCACGAGACGACCUGUUGACGGACAGAUCGCAACCCCACAAUGCACUGGGGGAGGCGGCUCCGCGGGUGGAGCAGGGGAAGCGACACAGCUUGAAGCUGCGUGAGAGACUCUUUCAGUUCCCUCUGUGUGAGAAGGCUCUGGCCCUCAACAUGCCGGCACACAACAAGCCCAAGAUCCUGCCGCUGGCUCAGUACAACUGCUGCCAUGUGCUGUGAGUGUAAACCAGCCGGGGCGCGACCUGGGAUGUGCCGCUCGACCACUGGGGACACGCCGGCUGUUUGGCAUUCGGCAGGUGGUCGACUGCGGAGCACGAACCCUGGGAAGCGGCUGCUGAGCUCCCUGCUGAGCCCCUCUGCUGCAGAGACCUUGAGGCGUGAGAGCCGAGGCCGUGUGCGGCUUCAUACUAACACUCGCUCUGUAGCGUCACGCUCACGUGCUCACGGUCAGACCUAUAUCGUUUCAGACAUGGACUGAUAGAGGUCUGGACGUUUUCCAGAGUUUGUCUUUCACAUGUGCAGAAGCAGCAGGAGUUUGAAGAGGGGCGGGGCCUGUGUAGAGCAGCAGGAGGCAGGACGUGGCGUUUGAAGUCUGCUGCGGAAAUCACAGUGAUUGAGAAUUUCUGCGUCGGCCCCUUCUCGUCAAAAGCUCUCGAACCUCGUUGUCUUUUCAAGUUGACGUCUCCGUCAGCGUCUUCUACGCGUGACGCCUCUUUCGUCUUCAGGGAGACGCACGCUCCACGUGUCCCACAGCGAACAUUCCACAAGUCUUUGGGUUGAAACUCAAUGCAGGUUUUGAUAGUUUGCUGACCAUCGAUACCGUUGAGGCGCUACUCGGGACACGACCGUUUUAAUGUCCCGCUGGGCAACAGCAGUAAGGGCGGGAUGAGCUGGUUCAACAUCCGUUAGCUGUUCGCUUGAGUUGAAGCCUGAUACUCAAACAUCGGACGUCUCAUCGCUCGCCGGCGCCAUCGAAUCUUUGAAAAACGGUUUGUUUCUGGGAUGAAAGCUGUGACACAGUCGGUCCUUAAAUGCAACAUCUGGAUCGAGACACCGCUCUAGAUAUUUGUGUUCUUCCAGUUUGGCGUCCACUGUGUGAUUUAUAAACGUCACCAACUCCCUCACUCGCUGAGAAGUUUCCUGCUUUUCGUUCCUGCUGUAUUCUUCACAUUGGCUCACACACUUGGGGGGGGCUGGCAGGAGAAGUUCCAGAAAAUAUCCGGAGCGACUGACCCGGACGUUUGUGUUCUCACGUGCAACCGCUCCGGAUGAUUUGUGGAACAAAAUGCUCCGCUGUCAGUGCAUGUCUGAAAUCAGCUUCAGUAGAACCUCAUCCAUUUGCUGCUGUGCACCGGAGCAGCCGCAGAACGACCGAGUCGCCGGAAACUGAACACGACGCCGAAGAAAGACGACGAGAAAGAGACGGACGCCUGCAACUGUUUGUACUGAAUAAGCUAUCGUCUGUCGUUCGUUCUCGAGGUGCCUACAAUGAUAAUUUUGGAUCUGCCUGCAAGGAGCCGUGGAAAGGUCGAAAUGUUCUCGCACGUGCACUUAGUAGAACCAUGAUUUCAUAUUUUAUAACGCAUUAGAAUAAACGUUGAGAGACGUUUCCUCUUCCCUUUGCACAACCUGCGUCUCGUGUUGCUUUAAAAGCUUUUAAUAUAAACUUCAUACAGACUGAGACUGUUAGAUAUAUAUAUAUAUAUGAGAUAUGAUGCACAGACUGUGAAUAAAGAUGGACGACAAAAGUGAAGCCAAAUCAUCUCGUUCGCCCCCUGGUGGCUGGCUGCAAUAUAGGUCAAAAACACCUCCAUGUUAGCAGAUGGGACAUGGACCAAACCAACAUGAAGAAAUAUUCUCAAAGAUUGUUUCUGUCACUUUAGGUAUUUGUUAUGACACUGAUGUUUCAGAUAAGUUUGUUUUUCAUUAGUUAUCUGAUGAUAUAACAACAGGGUGAAACGUCAUGAUUGACAGCUGAGGCUGACUCGUGAUUGGACGAGUGUGUGUACGGGUGUUUUUUUUGUUUCUCUCUUAACUCACGAGCGUGGUUUUUCACUUUGAGAGCAGGAUUUAUUGAUUUCACGUUCAGAUUUUGUAAUUCUUUCACGUCGUUGGUAUUUUACUGAUAUUUUGGCUUCACGUCGUCGUCCAUCUUUAAUACACAGUCUAUAAUAUGAUAUAUGAUGUUAUAUAUGCUGAAGCCUGAGAUGAUAUAAUUUUCUCUUAUUGAUAUAUUGACUCGUCCUAACAUAUGUAUGAUACUGUUUAUUGGACCAUUGAUACGGAUGCAGGUCUUCCACCGUAUUUGAACCUGUAGUUUUUAAAGACACUGAACAUAGAUGAUAACAGUUUUAUUUUGGAUGUGCAGACAUGAUGUUCCUCUAUUUGUUUUUUUUUUUAUAAAUGUGACAGAGAUAUUAAUUAACCGAAGAGAUAAUGUGACUUUGUGCAUGUUAUUACUGUUAUUUAUCACAAAAUACCUCCGUGUGUCUUGGGUCUGACGGGACGUCGUCCUGGUGUAACUGUACCUUCAGGUGCUUUCUACAGGCACAGACAGUAGAAACACAGUGUUGUGUAGCUGAGGAGUCCGUGUGUGGUGUUAUUUUACCGCCGUGUGUUUCCGUCUGCUCGACCUCGGACGUGAGGUUUGCAGAGCAACAGAAGACCAAAGCUGUACAGUAAGCUACAUUCUCUCUUACACUUAAACUGAGAUUAUUCCCGUCGGUCACUGCAGCUUUGUGGGUUCGAACAAAUUGGAUUUUUAACUUGUGACCCGUGGUGGGUCGGUCGCUGUCGAUAUAAAGUGCGGACGUCACGUGAAAUCUGAUUAUUUAUUCGCAUUUCAUCAUCUGUGGAAGCAUCAAAUGUGUGCAGACGAGGGAUGAAAUCCCAUUACUCCUGUGUGACUGCAGCCGGCCUCUCCUCCGCGCGGCUGCUGACCUGAAUUAGAACCAGGACCACGUCUCUUAUGGAGCCAUGAACCUAUUUUUCUGUAUUUAUUUAUUAAAAAUGGAUUAAAUAAAUAAAAACGA